CAUUCAAAGAUGCUGUUCACAUGUUCUGCUCUACCUGUCAAAAACAGUCCAAGGACAGCGAAGGUCGAUCUGGAAGGAAGAGGAAACGCUCUCACAGCCGUGUCCAGAUUACUACAGGGAAACAGCCUGUCUCCAUCAGAAAAGAGGACAACCUGGAUGAGGAAACCUUCAACAUAUGCAAAGAGAUAAUACGGCCAGUCAGAAGGGCCCUGAACCACCUGCAGAAGCCGCGCAAGGGGCUUUCUUUACAAGAGGAGGUGGAGCGCACACGGAUCUCCCUGCUGAAGAUUGGAGAUCAUAUCUCAGAACACUUAAAAGUGUAUUCUGACCAGGAGGAGAUCAGGCUCUGGAGAACGUAAUCUUUCCCCCUCUCUCUACUAAUCACCGAAUCACCUACUCCCAGGACACAGAAACAAAAACCCAGAUUAGACAACGCAAAAGGGGCUCACUUGGGUGUCCAUGGGGCUCCGUAGAUGGGUUGCAGCCUAGAAUACAGUGGAGCAGAGGGUGGGGUUGAGUUGAAAGGAGGAUGGGGAUUUUAGUUC